GUUGCGGUUGAGCUGCCGGGAUAUCAGUCAUUCCUUUGAACUCUUAUGUCAACCGUCUCUUUAUUUUUCUUCUCCUGACAGCAGAUCUAUUCUUAUUCAUAGGCGCGGCGACGAUAGCUCCGGAGGCCAUGAGGCUCUGAUCUCCGCACUCUCCCAGGUCGCAGAGGGAGCAAAGGCUGCCUGCAGCAGAGGAGAAACAGGACGAGUCGAAUACCCUCGCAUACGAGCUGUCACGUUACUUGUUUGUCGAUUUGUUUGCUAAUUUCCGCAAUCUGCGGUAAUACUUCUUCCAAAACACGAUGGCUUCAAUUGUGGAGGACGAAGACGAUCGAGACAUUGCAGGCUCACAAGAUGGAAGCUCGGAUAACGACAUGGAUGAUACACUCAGAGAUGCGGACGAGGGCGGGGGCGACAAUGAACCUGAUAUGGACGCGGAUGGCGAUGCAGACGACCAGGAUGCGGACAGCGCGUCCAAUGCGAGCCAUGCUUCUGAAAGCGCCGAAGUAGCAACGCAACAGAACCAGGAGACUACAAUGACUCCGGUUCCCGACAAUGCGACGACCGACCUAACCUCCGUUUUCCAUCCGAGCGUGCGUCCCGAAUGCCUGACAGCUUCCAGCUACGAUAUAGUCCCCACGACCGCUGCGCCGCACAGUACCUCGAUUAACGCCAUAACAGCGACCGCAGAUAUGCGGUGGGUGUUUAGUGGUGGCUCCGAUGGAUAUGUGCGGAAAUUCAACUGGGUGGACUCUAUCAACAGUAAGCUUAUGUUGACUGUUGCGCAAAGGCAUCCGUUCGUCGACAGCGUGAUAAAGGCGGGCGUUCUGAUGACAUACUGGGAGAACAUGGAUGGAAAUGCUUUAUCGCCAGUCUAUUCGCUGGCCUGUCAAAGCGAAGGGCUCUGGCUGUUAUCUGGCUUGGAAUCCGGGAGCAUUCGACUACAGUCUAUACGGCACGACGAAGGCAAAGAGAUUGCCCUGUUACAGCAGCAUACCUCAGCAGUCUCGGUGCUUUCUCUAACGUCUGAUGAGAAAUCAUUACUUUCCGGUAGCUGGGAUAAGCGAAUAUAUGAUUGGGACCUCAAUACAGGACAAACCAGACGCGUUUUCGGAUCCAGCGCCGGUCAGAUCUCGGCAAUUGAGCUACGCCCUGAGUCCAGCUUGCCAGUCCCCAGAGACACAACUGAGAUUCAGCAACCUAAUGGAACUUUCUCAUCCAACAAUCAGGCGAGCGGAGGUAAUAGCUUCAGCUAUAUGGACACAACGAAUGAUCAGGGCGACAACGACGCGGUGAACCCGCAGGCCGGAUCACCAGCAGACUCGCUCUUUGGAGGAGCUGAUUCUUUGUUCGGCGAUGCAGACGGCACAGCUGGCGAUGGACUGGGCACAGCAACCAAUUCGUUUGGCAUAGAUGACGACGAUGAGUUCGGCAAAGCUCUUACCAACGGUGUCGCUCCUGACGCUGAUGCCGCUGGCGAACCAGACACAGUGCAGCAAAAAAAUCUCUUUGACUCCAAAGAUCCUUCCAAUGAUGCCCCCGGCGUCGAUUCAAACACACUUGUACCCAACCAACCGCUAGAUUCUCACUCAACGGACGCAGUAAAUAACCAAUCCCAACCAUUAGUUAACGGCCUUCCCCACGCUGAAGAACUAGAACCGCCUUCACAGAGCCAAGAACACACUCAAUCAACGCCGACAGAGGCAAGCAAUGACAACGAUAAUACCUUCCUCGCUGCAUCAAUAGACGGUACUAUUAGGGUGUGGGACAGACGGCAGCCAUCCGCCAUCGCCCGCAUCACUCCCCGCAAUUCUCCGCCUUGGUGCAUGAACGCCUGCUGGUCCCCAGACGGGAAUUACAUCUACGCCGGUCGCCGCAACGGUACGGUAGAAGAAUAUAGUCUUCACAAGGGUCUCCGUGAGCCAGAACGGACCUUCAAGUUUCCGCAGGGAAGUGGACCUGUGACGGCUCUCAAGGCAAUGCCUAAUGGUCGGCAUCUCCUUUGCGCAUCCCAUGAUAUCCUCCGUCUAUACGAUCUUAAGCACGAACAGGCAACCCGCCACUCAACCGUUCCUUUCCUCAUCAUUCCUGGUCACCGCACCGGGACAGUCUCGCAGCUAUAUGUCGAUCAAGCGUGUCGGUUCCUUGUCUCAACUAGUGGUAACAGAGGGUGGGAAGGUAGCACGACGGAAGUGCUGCUGGGAUAUGAGAUUGGUGUUCCUGUUGUUAGGUAGUCGAAUCUAUCACAUCCU